AUGGAAAAUACAAAAGUUCAGGCAGUUUCAUGGAAUAUCACCCGAUUGUGUAAUCUAAAGUGUACACACUGCUAUCUCCCCGCAGGAUUCGUAGACACAAACGAGUUGGCGAACGGAAACUUCCAGCUAUCCGAUAUUCAAAAUUCGCACGAAUAUUCAAGGGACGCGGAACUCAGCCAAUCACAAUGUUUUCGCGUCAUUGAUGAAAUCGCCGAAAUCAAUCCGCACAUCCUCCUAAUUCUCACUGGUGGUGAACCUCUAUUACGCCCGGAUAUCUUGGAGAUAUCGAAAUAUGCCUCCGAUACCGGGUUUCUUGUUGUAAUGGGCACAAAUGGUGUCUUGUUGAACGACGAAGUUGUCGAGAAGAUGCAAGGGCACGGUGUUACCGGUGCAGGCAUUAGCCUUGACUCUAUCCAACCUACGAACCACGAUCGAUUUCGAGGUAUGGAGGGCGCGUGGAAAGCGACGAUGAACGGUGUAGAGGCACUCAAACGCGCACAACUCGACUUCCUCGUUCAGACCUCCGUGACGCAGUGGAAUUACGAUGAAAUUCCGGAAAUUGUGGAGUUCGCGUAUCAACUCGGUGCGAAGGUGCUGAAUCUUUAUUUCCUCGUCCGAACCGGAAGGGGUAAGACGGUGAUGGACAUUACACCUGCGCAAUAUGAGAAGAUGCUUGAGACGCUUUUCAAGUUGCAGGCGGCUUACGCUGGAAAAAUGCUCAUCGCCGCGAAAUGCGCACCGCAUUACAAACGUGUCAUCUAUGAACAACAGUCUGACUCUGCUUUCCUUCAGGGCUACCCCAGCGGCACCUGUCCGUGUGGAAUUUACUACUGCCGUAUCACACCUGAAGGCGAGUUGACCCCGUGUCCCUAUCUACCCGUUAGCGUCGGUAACCUCAAAGAUGAGAGUUUUGUCAAACUCUGGAAUGAGUCAGAAACCUUUCAAAACUUACGGAAUCGAGAUGUGCUUGAAGGGAAGUGCGGCGCGUGUGAAUUCAGAGAGGUAUGUGGCGGCUGUAGGGCACGUGCCUAUGCCACUACCGGCAACUAUCUCGCUGAAGAUGCAUCGUGUGAAUAUCAGCCCGGGCAAUAUGGCGCACCACUUGUUCAAAUAGAAAAAAAGAUUGCUUUCGCAACGGAAACCGAUUACGAUUUACAGUGGACUCCGGCAGCAGAAAAAAGGUUGAAGCGUGUGCCGUCGUUUGCGCGGGGAAUGGUUAUCAAAAGCGUUGAAAGAUACGCACGCGAACACGGUCAUCGCGAGGUUACCCCUGAACUGAUGCAGGCUGUCAAGAAACGAUUUGAUAAAACUGGUAUUCCAUCCUUCAGACCGAAACGCUAA